AACUGCCUCCCUCGGUCUGUGCAAGGCAUGGCGGCAACCUUAAGCCUUCUCUCUGCCGCGCUUCUUUAAGCGGUUAAUUUUUUUUCUCUUCCCCCCACACUGAAAAGCACAACCAGCCCCUUACAGUGUGCCCAUAGAGUCGACGGGCUUUCAAAGAGCCAGAAGGCCCCAGACCGAAGGGCUGUCGCAUCCUAAGAUCGCCACAUCCGGUCCCUGGUUACUAUGGUAACAGCUGGAGGCACAACUUUGUGCCCUCUGACCUCUCUCCAAAAGUCCUUGUCCCACCUGGGUUUCUGUUCUUGCUCGCGCUUGCACUUAUGGUCGGCUGUAAUCCUUAUCAUUGUUCCUACAAAGAAUUUGGGUCACAGCAGGUCGGCCCCCAGGACUCUUCAGACCGCCGUCCGCCCGUUAAGACCUCUGACCGUGCCGGAGUGUAGCCCAGCAACUUAGCUUCAUUCCUUGGACUCGCAUUCUCAGCUUUCCACUGAGGCCAAGCUUGGGAGUUGGUAGCAUUGCUUCCGCGAGUCCACACCCUCUUUUCCCCCCAGGGUAGUAGGGCCCGCCCACCGCUCCGCCGCCCCCUCCAGGUGAGUGGUAGCUUCUCCAGGAGCGCAAGGUAGUGAUGACACGCAUCCCCCCGUCUCCGCGCGCAAGUUGGUAGCGCCCGUGACGGAGUUAGCCCGAUCCUCCCACGCGCGCCUCCUUCCUCGCAGCCGCCGCGCUUCUCCGUACCACUGGCUCUCAUGUGACGGUAGCCCACCCCGCAUCACCCUCCCGCCUCGUUCCUAGAGAGGAGUGACUCCGUUUCCUCCGUCCGCCUUCCAUUCUGGCAGCCGCUGCGUCUGUCGGGCCCGCCCGCUGACGUCAUCUGCUAGCCCCGCCUCCUCAAGGGUCCUGGGCCCUUGUGGCGGGGGCUGUCCGGGGGGAGUCAGUUGAGGCGGCGGGAGCUCGGCGAAGGGCGGGCCAGGUGACUGGUCCGGGCCAUGCCGAGGAAGAAGCCCUUCAGCGUGAAGCAGAAGAAGAAGCAGUUGCAGGACAAGCGGGAGCGGAAGCGAGGGCUUCAAGAUGGGCUACGCUCCAGUUCCAACAGCCGCAGCGGGAGCCGAGAGCGGCGGGAGGAGCAGACCGACACCUCAGACGGGGAAUCUGUGACCCAUCACAUCCGUAGGCUCAACCAGCAGCCUUCCCAGGGCCUGGGCCCGAGAGGCUACGACCCAAAUCGAUACCGGCUGCAUUUUGAACGAGACAGUCGCGAAGAGGUGGAGAGGAGAAAGAGAGCAGCUAGAGAGCAAGUGCUACAGCCGGUCAGUGCUGAAGUGCUGGAGUUGGACAUCCGGGAAGUCUAUCAGCCUGGCUCAGUCCUGGACUUUCCUCGACGUCCUCCUUGGAGCUAUGAGAUGUCUAAGGAACAACUAAUGAGCCAGGAGGAACGGAGCUUCCAGGAAUAUCUUGGGAAGAUACAUGGGUCUUACACUUCGGAGAAACUCAGCUACUUUGAGCACAAUCUGGAGACGUGGAGGCAGCUGUGGCGUGUAUUAGAGAUGUCCGACAUUGUCUUGCUCAUCACUGAUAUCCGACAUCCAGUUGUGAAUUUCCCACCAGCACUUUAUGAGUAUGUAACUGGAGAACUUGGAUUGGCCUUGGUGUUGGUCUUGAACAAGGUGGAUUUGGCUCCUCCUGCUCUUGUGGUUGCCUGGAAGCAUUAUUUCCACCAACACUAUCCCCAGCUCCACAUUGUCCUUUUUACCUCUUUUCCUCGGGACCCCCGCACCUCACAGGAGCCUAGUAGCGUUUUGAAGAAAAGUCGGCGGCGGGGGAGAGGGUGGACUCGGGCCCUGGGACCAGAGCAGUUGCUGAGAGCCUGUGAAGCCAUCACUGCGGGGAAAGUGGACUUGAGCAGCUGGCGGGAGAAGAUUGCUCGGGAUGUGGCUGGGGCCACCUGGGGUAAUGGUUCCGGAGAGGAGGAGGAAGAGGAGGAUGGGCCUGCAGUUCUGGUGGAGCAGCAGACUGACUCAGCAAUGGAGCCCACUGGCCCAACCCGGGAGCGCUAUAAGGACGGUGUGGUGACCAUCGGCUGUGUGGGUUUCCCCAAUGUAGGGAAGUCCUCGUUAAUCAACGGGCUUGUGGGACGGAAGGUUGUGAGUGUCUCCAGAACCCCGGGACACACCCGAUACUUUCAGACCUACUUUCUCACCCCCUCUGUGAAACUCUGUGAUUGCCCCGGCCUCAUCUUCCCCUCCCUGCUGCCCAGGCAGUUGCAGGUCCUGGCUGGAAUCUACCCCAUUGCCCAGAUUCAGGAGCCCUACACAGCAGUGGGUUUCCUGGCCUCUCGGAUCCCUGUGCAGGCCCUACUCCACCUGCGCCACCCAGAGGCUGAGGAUCCCUCUGCUGAACACCCCUGGUGUGCCUGGGAUAUCUGUGAAGCCUGGGCAGAGAAACGUGGUUACAAGACAGCCAAGGCGGCUCGGAAUGAUGUGUAUAGAGCAGCUAACAGCCUCCUGCGACUGGCAGUGGAUGGCCGCCUCAGCCUGUGUUUCCAUCCUCCGGGCUACAGUGAACAGAAAGGCACCUGGGAGUCUCAUCCAGAGACCACGGAGCUGGUGGUUUUGCAGGGCAGGGUGGGACCAGCAGGUGACGAGGAGGAGGAGGAAGAGGAAGAGCUGAGCAGCUCCUGUGAGGAGGAGGGAGAGGAGGACCGGGAUGCGGAUGAGGAGGGAGAAGGGGAUGAGGACACCCCAACCUCAGCUCCAGGGUCCUGCCUGGCUGCCCGAAACCCUUACGCCCUGCUGGGCGAGGGUGAGUGCUGAGUCCUCACCCAGGGCCACCUUCCCUCCCAAUGUCUUUGCUUUUGGACUGAUCUGGAGGCAUCUCCCCUCUGCCACUCUGAUUGUGAAUAAAGAUUGUCUGCUUUGUAGCCCCUUC